UUCCCUGCGAGUUAGUCCUUAUUACCUCGGGAGCCUCCGCGAAACGUCGAGUUACACGCAGGUGGGGUACACAUGUAUGCACGCGGGUGGCGGGUAACGAGAAGGGGGAUGCUGAAAUUCAUGCACGCGUCGGCGGUCACUGACGUUCUCCGUUCGACCUGAAUCAGUUCCUAUACCGCAUCCACGAGGCGUCUCGCGAAAUCUGACUGGAUCCUUAGAGUUCGUGAGUCCACUGUAAGAGAAAAUCCUCGCCUCCGGUGACUGCGAACCGAUCCGGACGGGUGUGCGUUAUCCUCGUCUCAUCGGAAUCUCAAUCGGCGGACGACGAUCGAUUGCGACGAUGAUGAUGAUAAGGAUUAUACUGUUGUUUCUUACGGUGACUGUGGCCAGUUCUCUGCCGCUCGCCAACGUACACGUGAAAUUUGUGUCGCCUCCCGAUGUGUAUGAGCAUAGCAUUACAACAGAUGGGGAUCGGACGGUAGCCCAGAAGUCAUUCAUUUCAAUCGGUCGACGAAGCACAGCAAAACAUUCCAAUGAUCUUGAUUACAAUUACAGAACGAAUUUACGGCAGAAUCACUUACGGCAGGUAGUGCCGAUAACGAGUUCAGGAAACAUUGAAUCCUUGUGGCCGGUUGGUGUUUUCCUGCCACCGAUUGACGUUAAUGAUCUUGGAUAUAGUUGGGACGAGGCACGACAUAGUCAUCCCAACUUUUAUAAGUCGCAGGGACGAGACCCGUAUUUGUUAACCAAUCGUGAAGCAAUGAUGGCAGUUAAGUAUCUCUAUGGAUUGGGUGAGCUUUUCUUCGACGAUUAUCCGCACGCAAGAGCGUUGCUGCGAAAUCAGGAAGAGAGAAGGCUGAACGGUCUACAUGGACACGUUCUCAGCAGUCUGAAUCCCAGAUCUCCGUUUUAUAGAAAGGAUGGAAAGGGACUAAGCUAAGAAUGAUGAAAGUUGCUCGCAUCUAGAUAUAUUACUGGGCUCGAAAAUUCGAACAUAAUAAACUUGCAGUACGCGAUCCUUUUUAUUAUAAUUUGCAGAAUUUUGUGAUGUACUGCAACAAAGUAUAACAAAUUAAAAACUAAUACGCAUUCUCAUGGAGGAGGCAGGAAUGAUAUAUUCAAGAUUAAUCUCUUUUAAACUUCUAAUUGAUAAUAAUAAUAUAUAAAAUGUUCCAUUGCUGUGUCAACGUUUAAUGGUGGAUUUUUGUACAUUCUUCUCGAAUUGAUUUCAGAUUAACAAAAUUAAUUAACAAAAUUAAUUAACAAAAUUAAUUAACUAAGAUGAAAAAAUAUAUAUCUCUAGAAAUACAUGUAUAUUAAAA